AUGGCCUCGGACAAAAUUAUUGGCAUAGCUUCUGGCGCAUUUGUACUGGUGAUUGUAGUGUUGAAUACAUUUGCUUAUGCCAGAAUCUUCUUUGCAGUCAGAAAUAUUCAGUUCUCUGGGGACAAAAUCGAUGAUUCUCCAACAACAAAAAAUUCUUUUAAUUUUGAAAGAAAAAAAUCAUUGCGAGAAAAACAACUUGCCAAAUCUUGUGCACUUGUGGUUGUUAUCAACUAUCUGUGCUACAUUCCUUCUGUUGUGUGUUAUCAGUAUUACAAAGACGACCCAGUGAACUUUAGGGUUUCGCAUUCUUGGUCUAUGACUGUUUAUGCAUUGAAUUCAAGCCUUAAUUCCGUUAUAUUUUUCUGGAAAAGAACAUUGUUAAGGGAGCAAGCAUAUAAAGUUGUGAGAAACGUACUGUUUUGA